UGGCCCUCCCUCCCGAGCCGGCAGGCGGUGCGUCGCGGCCGGUAUAAAAGGCGCAGGCGCGAGCUCUGCUUCAGCCCGGCAGCAUCUCUGCCUGUGCGACGCCCAGGUGAGCCCUGCCAGAUUUGGCAUUCUACGCUGAAGCUAUCAUGGGCGUUUUCCAAACCUUGAUGAAAAAGAAGGAGCUCAUCCCCCUGGCGGUGAUCAUGACCGUGGCGGCCGGCGGCGCCUUGUCCUUCGCUGUGUACUCCUUACGGAAGACCGACGUGAUAAAAAUCCGUUUGCUCACUGGUCCUGCUCCACUCCUCCACAGGGAAGUAAAGUCUGUUUUGAUCGAAAAGGAAAUCCAGAGCCUUGGGAGACUGUGGAUCCUAGUGUACCUCAAAAGCUUAUAACAAUCAACCAACAGUGGAAGCCGAUUGAGGAGCUGCAGAAGGUCCGAGGGGCGACCAAAUGACCGGCAGCCUCCCCUAGCCCUCGAAUACUCUAGGAAUCUAGUGGAAACACUUCCGUACAGACUAGAGUCUGCACACCAGUGUGCGGAAGUGCUUCUGCUACAUUUUUAGGGUGUGUCUUCUUUCUUUGGGCUCUGGAUAUGGGAUGAAAGGUAGUGUAGAUAAGUUUCUGUGUUUAUUGCUGUAAAUUUGAAUUUUGCAUGUUAAAAGUUUUAUGUUUAGGAUGCCUGAAUGUUUUCCUUGAAAUGUGUCAAGGUUUAUGUUAUAUUUUUAUCUGUAAUAAAAUACUCUUUGUGCAAGA